AUGUCCAACUACGACUUUGAGGGCUACACCAAGAGCGUCAUUGACGCCAUCGGCGACAAGGCUUCCCCUCGUGUGAAGGAGGUCUUCCCCAUUCUCAUCCGCAAGAUCCACGAGUUCCUCAUCGAGGCCGACAUUACCUCUGAGGAGUGGAUUGACGCGUGCAACCUGAUGGUCCAGGCUGGCCAGGUCUCGAGCGACAAGCGUAACGAGGUCGUUCUUGUUACCGACGUUCUGGGCAUCGAGUCGCUCGUCAACACACUCGACCAGACCCGCGCCCAGCGCAAGGGCAAGGGCAGCGGCGAGGACACCACCUCGUCUGCUAUCCUCGGUCCCUUCUACCGUGCUGGCGUCCCCGUCCAGGCCAAUGGCACUACCAUCAUCCGCGAGCUCGAGGAGGGCGCCCCUUACACCCACCUCCACGGCGUGAUCUACGACUCGAACGGGAAGCCUCUUCCAAACGCACUCGUCGACAUCUGGCACGAUGCCCCCGAUGGGCUGUACGACGCGCAGACCCCCGAAAAGGCAGAGUACCACUGCCGUGGCCGUUUCCGCACCGACGAGGAGGGCCGCUACUCUACCAUCUGUCUCAAGCCCACUCCCUACCCCAUCCCCUUCGACUUCUCUGCUGGCACCCUCCUCAACCUCAUGGACCGCCACCCGUACCGUCCUGCCCACAUUCACUUCUGGGUCGAGGCCAAGGACCACGUCACGCUCGUCACCCAGGUCUUCGAUUCGGAGUCAGACUACCUCAAGGACGACUCGGUCUUUGCCGUCAAGGACGACUUGGUGGUCAACUUUAAGCCCAUCUCGGCCAACUUUGCUGCUCCUUCAGACCUCGUUGGUCGCAUGAAGUACGAGCUUGAGCAGGACUUCCACCUCGAGCGCUCCCAGUAA